GUUUGUCAUCUCAAGCAAGGAGGUGCGCGUAUAUAUAUAUAUAUAUAUAUAUAUAUCUAUCAAUAUCUAGCUGCGGAAUGAGUCCUCAGAGCAUGCGCCAGAAUCCUCCUUCACAAACCAAAAGCAGGUUUCUGUCGGUCUAAUGUCCAUAAAUCAGAAAGUUUGCAAUUGUAACUUCUCCGCUGCAGCUGUUUUCUUUUGUAUAGCAUUAUUUAUUGGAAGCACAUUGAUUACAGUCGAUGUGAAGGAGAAAAUAAUGGCAUGGUUGCCAACUGAUUCAUCGCAGAAUUUUCAAUUUGAUUUGAACAAUAACACAGCAAACUCGAAGCCCAAUGAAUCUGACCCAUGCUCGAAUCAAUGCAGACCUUCAGGAAUUGAAGCAUUGCCUAAAGGAAUGGUUUCCCAAACAUCAGACUUGGAAAGGCAGCCAUUAUGGGGUUCUAUAGAGAAAAAGGGAGAUUCAAGUUCGUUCAAGAACUUAUUAGCAAUUGCAGUUGGACUAAAGCAGAAACAAGUUGUCAAUGAAAUUGUCAAGAAGUUCCUUUUCAGUAAUUUUACCAUAAUUCUUUUCCACUAUGAUGGGGUGGUUGAUGAAUGGAGCGACUUAGAAUGGAGUGACACUGUCUUGCAUAUCUCUGCAAUCAAUCAAACAAAAUGGUGGUUUGCGAAACGUUUCUUACAUCCAGAUAUAGUCGCCUUGUACAGUUAUAUCUUUCUCUGGGAUGAGGAUAUUGGAGUUGAAAAUUUUCAUCCUGGAAGAUACCUGGAGAUUGUUGAAAGGGAAGGAUUAGAUGUAUCACAACCUGGACUUGAUACUGAGAAGUCAAAAGUUCACUACCGAUUUACAGAACGUCAAAGGGAAGGUGAUGUACACAGAAGGAUUUAUGAUUUGGCACAAGGCUUGAGAUGUAAUGAGAACAGUACUGGUUUUCCAUGCGCUGGGUUUGUGGAAAUGAUGGCUCCUGUUUUCACAUGGUCUGCAUGGAGAUGUGCAUGGCAUAUGAUUCAAAACGACUUGAUUCAUGCGUGGGGUUUAGAUAUGAAACUUGGUUACUGUUCUCAGGGAGAUCGGACCAAAAAGGUUGGCGUGGUAGAUAGUGAAUACAUCACACAUAUGGGGAUUCCGACUCUUGGUGGAUCCAAUGUAAGAAAGGACUCAAAUGGAUCAUCUACCACAGAUCUCAGAGCUGCAGUGGUAGACCGCUGCUAUGCUGAACUGGACAUGUUCAAUAAGAGAUGGCAAGAUGCUGCACAAAAAGAUAAAUGCUGGACUGACCGAUACCCUCAAGCCUGAAAGACCAUGUCGCUCCACCGUCCUUUCAACUCCACCACCAUCAGAAUCCCAAGUGCAGUGGGAAGUCUUUGAAUAAGGAAGCAGAGGAUAUCACUCACCUACCAUCCACCACUAAUUGUACAUGAAGACUUGCUAGCGCUACCGAGAUCACUUUUUGAGGCUAUUUUAGGUGAAUCUCGCAUUUGUAAGUCAAGACGAUUGGCUCUUUCGCAAAGAUCAUUAUUUUAGGUAAUCCUAUUUAAUUUUGCAUGCGUGCAAUGAGUUUUUCCUCUCUCUUUUUUUUUUUUUCCGGACUAUAAUUUCCCAGAAAAUUUUCUGUAGGAAUGCUCUAUGUUCCUCCAUAUGCUUUCGGCUUUGAUACCAAUGGAAGCCGUGGUUUUCAUGUGCUGAUUAAGAGACAACAGAAAGGAUCCUUAGCGAUUCGACGUUGUUUACUAGUGCUUUAGUUGACAACGUAGGCCUCGCUUAGACAACCAAUGGGGAAGGCCAUCUUCUUCGGUCGGUGGCUUUGCCGAUAUGACUUUUUUCUUUUAUUUGCGUUGAAAUCCAAUAGGUUUUGUCAUGUAUGGUCGAAUAAU